AAUUCAAGAUACAAUCAAUGUAAAUGGAACAAGACUGAUUUGAUCUUUCAAAUGAAUCAAUCAAGCUAACCGCAGCGAAUAAAAGUGAACAAAGUACAAAGUGCAUAAAAUGUGUCAAUACAUAUAUUAACCAAAAAAGUGAUCGUUUACCAAACAAAUGGAGUCUCGGUUAAUACGUUUGUGUUUCAGUUUUUUGUUUUCCACACAUUUUCUUUUAUUUUCGUGCCGAUCGACGUGCAACGCGCUAAACCACAAAAAUGUUGCUGACAAUGCGGCGUCAAAAUGAACUGAUUGUAGGCAGCCAACAGCAUCCGUCGUCAGCCACUUCGUCGGCAUCCUCAUCCGCUGGAGCCACCAGCUCGCCAGGAUUAUCCGGACAAAAUCUCAAUCUAGUACCAGGAGCUGCAGGAACUAUUUCUACGUCGACUAACUCACAGGAUUCCCUGAAUACACCCACAACUCCUUUGCUGGGACUCAGUCGCAAUCCGCUCCAGUUUGCACCACCACCGGCACCACCCAUCGCUGUGCCAAGUCCUGCAGCAUCUGGACCCACAUUCGGUUACUAUCAGACUGCGAAUGCUGCACCACCACUUCAUCAUUCGCCGGCGGCAACCUCUGAAGUUAGUGGCGCACCACAACCGCCAGUGGAACUGGAUGAGUAUGUAGACAUACUGCAGGUUCAGCAACUUCUAUUGGACUCAUCGGCGGCAGCAGCAGCGGCAGCGAAUAAUCCUCCGACAACCGAACAAUCCGUUCAGCAGCCACAACAAAAUACUGUGGUGCAACCACAUCAGCAGCAGCAGCAGCAGCAACAACCACAGCAGCAGCAACAGCAGCCGCAACAAAUUCUUGCCAAGCCGCGACCGCGAAUUAAUCUGCAAAAGGCCACCGAGUAUGCCGCUCAAUUAGCUCAGGCCGAGUCCUCCUCGCCCGGCUCGCGUCGUGUCCUGCUCGAUUACCCGAGUCCCUAUCUGUACGGCAAUCCCUAUCACCACCAUACGCCGCCAGGUGAGGACCUAGUCGCCCUCUGGUUCGGCAGCAAUGGCACAGGCGGCGUAGCCCCUGGAACUCCAUCAGCGGCCAUGAUCAUGGAAGGGCUUGAAACCCUGGUGGCGCCAACGCAUCACGCAUUCCUGCUCACCGAGACGGCCGCGGCCGCCCACUUCAAUGUGCUGAGCUUCGACACCUGUCUGUUCAAGACGAGCACGGCGGCCCAGAGCAGCGGCAGUCCGUCGACGGCCACCUACCUGAGUCCCGCCCAAUUCGGCGGCAGUCAUCACGGCGGCGCCAGCACCAGCAGCAACUCCCAGAACUCCUCCUCGACCGCAUCCUCGUCGUCCUCGCUGCUCCACUACACCACCGCUUCGGCAGCUGCCGCUGCUGCAGCCGCCGCCGCUGCAUCCGCCAACAAUUCGGUGCUUCGUGCCCGCAACCAGACGGCCACGCCCACCCAGGGCGGCAGUCCGGGACACGUGGCCGUUCAGCCCAGCGCCACCGCCAGCAGCGGACGCAGCUCGGCCUCCCAUCUCAGCCUGCUGAACACCAGUGGCCAGCACAGUCCCACCUCCUCGGCCGUCGAGCAGGUGGAGGCCCACAAGCAGCUGAUCGAGGCGCUGCCGGGUGACCUCAACACACCGGUGACCACGUCCAGCGAUAUUCCCUCGUUCUUUGGACCCACCACCGUCGUGGAGCCGCCGCCCAUUACUGGUUCCAUCGAAUCCGAGGAUCUAUCUUUGGAACCCCAGGUGAUAUCUGUAGCCAGUCCCGUGUUGUCGCAUUGCAGUCCGUUGAAAGAGGAGCGCAGCACUCCGCCAGCAUUGGCCAUUGUCAAGGAAGAAUCAAGUAAUAAUAGUUGUAAUAUGUACCCACAACACAACAACAACAACAACACCACAACAUCAUCAUCAACAACCACAACAAGCAAACAGACAACAAGCGAAAGCAACAACAGUAACACCGAGUGCGUUGGCUCACCAGGCAACCAUACACAAUCACACCAACAGCAACAACAACAGCUGCAACACAACAACACGAGCAGCAACAACAGCAACUGCCACCACAGUCACCAACAGCAGCAGCAGCAGCAACAACAACACAUGAGCUCCCCGCAACAUCAAUACCAACAACACCAAAUAUUACACCAACAACAACAAUUGCCAAAUCACCACCAUCAUCACCAUCACCACCACCACCAUCACAGUCAGCUACAACAACUCCAACAACAACAGCAACAACAACAACAGCAGCAACACCAACAACAGCCGCUACACCAACAACAGCAACUGCAACACCAGCAGCAGCAACAACACCACCAACAACACUAUCAGCAACAUGCCAUUCAACACCAGCAAUCACAACAGCAGGCUAGCAAAAUCUCAUAUCGUGGCAUUUUCACCACCACAGGCAACGCGAUGAACGCAGCAGCUGCCGCAGCAGCCGCCGCAGCACAGCAGCAACACCAACAGCAGCAGCAGCAACUUCCCUCGCCGCAACUGGGCGUCCUGGCCGGACCGAUGUCUCCGCCCUCAAAUAGCUUGGGCAACAGCUGGGGCCUGCCCAGUCCGGACAAGACCAUGUUCCAGCCGCCCCUGUUCAGCCUGCCCGCUCACUAUGCCACCAUGCAGCAGCAGCAGCAACAGCAACAACAGCAGCAGCAGCAGCAACAGCAAGCGGCAGGAGCUGCUCCCUCGCCCUACGACGAUGGACGAGCUGCAGCAGCAGCGGCGGCACAGCACGCCGAGCUCUUGGGCUUGACCAUGGAUUGCACACCUCUCUUGCUGAAACAACCGCCGCCAACUUACGCCGGAGCCUCCGCCGGCUUCCCCGGCCUGGGUGACCUGCACAGCAGCCACGAGCAGCAGUUGCAACAGCAACAGUAUGUGCGAUCGCAGCCGAAAUACCAGUGGCUUGACUCACCAGCGGACUAUGCCCAGCAGCAACAGCAAGUGCAGCAGGUGCAGCAGCAGCAGCAACAGCAGACUCUGGUGCUGCCAGGACCCACUUCAUCCGCCAGUUCCAGCAAUGCCGCUCUGGGCGUUUUGAUACCCAAGCAGGAGAACUAUCCCGACAUGCAGCCCAGCUCGAAUGGCACGGGCUAUUCCGGCGGAUCCGGUGGGAGUUCGGCGGCAGCUGCUGCCGCCGCUGCUGCAGCAGCAGCAGUGCAACUGGCCGAGUACAGUCCAUCCACCAGCAAGGGACACGAGAUCCUGUCGCAGGUCUAUCAGCAGAGCACUGUGCCCUUGAAACUGGUGCCCGUGAAGCCGCGCAAGUAUCCCAAUCGCCCCAGCAAGACGCCCGUGCAUGAGCGACCCUACGCCUGUCCGGUGGAGAACUGCGACCGUAGGUUCUCCCGCUCCGACGAGCUCACCCGCCACAUACGCAUCCAUACGGGCCAGAAGCCCUUCCAGUGCCGCAUCUGCAUGCGCAGCUUUAGUCGCAGUGAUCACCUCACCACCCACAUUCGCACCCACACCGGCGAGAAGCCCUUCAGCUGCGACAUUUGCGGCAGGAAGUUCGCUCGAUCCGAUGAGAAGAAGCGCCAUGCCAAGGUGCACCUGAAGCAGCGCAUCAAGAAGGAGAAGGUGCGCGGCGAACAGCAGCAGCAACAGCAACAGCAGCAGCAGCAACAACAGCAGCAGCAGCAGCAGCAGCAGUUGCAGCAGCAACAGGAGCAGCAUCAUUUGAGCCUGCAGCAACAUCAACAGUACCAGCAGCAUCACCUGCUGCACUCCGCCGAUUUGGCCAUAGUCACCUCCAGUGCGAGCAUGUAGAGACUAGAGAACUCGGCAUCCAGCGUUGACCAGGCCAAGACUCCAACUCCAACACCAGCUCCGGCUGCAACACAGAAAGUGAGUCUGGCCCUGGCCCUGGAUCUCGACGAGAGCGCCUUUCCCUUCGAGCUGACAUCCGACUAUGGCACCCUGUCGCCGCUCACCAGUCCCAGGCAGUUCAAUUACGUGUGGGUGGGCCAGGACUCCAGCCAGCCCUUCUUCUACAAGGACAACGUCAGCGUCCAGGAGAAGUAGAGCUCAUCCGGGGGCAAUCCGUCGAGGGGAAUCAAUCGCUGAUGCUGAAUAAUCACUUAGUGUAUACUAAACUGUAGUCGUAGGAACGGGGUUGUGCUAUCAGCAAAAUCUAUGCAAGACAUUAAAUAGUAGAGAAGAUACAAUAUGCUACAGUUAGCCUAGAUAAUAUUUCACACAUCCAAGAAUGGUCAGGAUAGGAAAUCGAGAUAUCGAGUAAUCAUGAAAUUAAGAAUCAAGAAAUCGAGCAAGCAAAACAGAGUUACUAACCAUACAAAGCCUAACUAAAGCAAAUUGAUGAUUACUAACUAUAUUCGAUGUAAUUGAAAUGGGAAAAUAUUUAACUUAUGUCUCUAAUACUGUGAUCUCAUGUGUAAUAAUUAUUAAUUUUAAUUUCUUUACAUAACUGCAAGUAACCAGUAAUAAUUUUAAAAAUUAUAAUCCUUUCGCCUUUGCCUAGCUAAUGUUCAUUUUAUAAAAAUGCUAACACAAACAAAACACACAAACACUAAUUUAUUGCAUUUUAAACUAAUUAUACAUAUACGUAUGUAUAUCUAUUAUAAUUAUUAACUUAUUAUCUUAAAGGUUUAGAUUUAGGUUUUAACAUACAGAAUACACGAAAACGAACAACACACACAAAUCUUAGCAUAUCAGUUUUUCCUCUAAGCAUUAUAAAUUGCAUAAGUUCAAAACAAAAGUUACUUUUAAAAUCGGAAAAUGAAAUUUUCGUGUGCUAAAAACGAAAAACUUGUUUAACGGAAACGGAAACGAAAACUUAAAAUUGAAAAUUGAAAAAUGAACCCAGUGUACUUCCUUAAUUGAUUCGAAAUCAAAACGGCAAAUGGAAAUGAAAUGUUAUUAUACAUUAUAAAUACAUAUAUUUAUCUUGAAUACGUUUAUGUUCAAUCUACUGUAGAAAAGAAUUUCUUCUUAGUUCGUAAUCGUUUAUUUUAAGUUUAAUUAAUUUUUAUAUUAUUAGUUUACUUUACCUUGCAAAAUAUAUAACAAUUUUUUAAAAAACAUAUUUCAUUUGUGUUAUUAUUUAUUAGUUUUCUUCGUUUUCUUUUCAGUUCAAAAUUGAUUUUCAAAACCAAAAAAAAACGAAUGGUGCAUGCUAAGUAGAUGGUUUCGGCUCGUAGUAUUUGGCAAUAAGGAUCGCAUAAAACGUUAAGAACUUCGUAGGUGUAAGACAAUAGAAAUAUUGAAUACGCAGCAGUACAAGUACAAGAAAUCCAAUCCAACAGUCCUAAAUUCGAACCUUAUUCCAAAAACUAUGUAUUUUCCAUAGCUUUACGAACUUUUGUAUGGCUAUGAAUCACACAGUAUACCUAUAAAAUAAGUAUAAAUAAAAUUAGAUAACGAAAUUUUAAUGCUCGGCUUAUUCUGAAUGAGUCUGGCGCCUCAAAAAUGAUAGCCUAACGAACUUGAAACGAAGUAGAAAGUGUGGAAAAGCACGAAAAACGCAGAAACCGAAACAGAAACUUAAAUGAAACUCUUGUGCCACUUGACAAAUAUAUUUGUUGAUGUAUACAUACUCGUACAUACAUAAAUGUAGCGAGCAACGAUAGCUGAAAUACGAUAGUAACGAAAGUAACGAAUGGUUUGAGAAUGUUUUAAAUUCGGAUUUAUUUUAUAGCAAAAACAAUGGUGAACAUACAUAUAUUUUGCAUAGCCGCUAAAAUCAGUCACAAAUUAGCAUUAUAACUAGGAAAUAGGUGAAGAAGGGCAGUGCCAGCAUUGAAAACCACUUCCCCAAGGAGUUUAACAUUAAUCUAUAUAUUUGUAUUGAAAGUUUGUCAUUUCUUAGCUAGUCUAUAGUGUUCGAAGUAAGUCACAAAGUAUCCAAAAUGCAAAUGAAUGUGUGAAACUUAUGUGCCAUCAAGAAAAUAAUGAAGCUUAUAAAAAGAAAAAAAACGGACAAAGGAAAAAUAAUAAUUAUACCUAAGAGAAGAUUUUGAAAUUUUAAACGUUGUGAUUUAUAUUGUUCAUUUGAUGCAUGGUUCAGUGUUAAUAACUAUUAUUCAGUCAUUUAUCCAAACGGGCGAGGCUUAAGCAAAUUAUAUCCAUAGGUGUAUUUAAUUGUGUACAUAAGUAGAUGGAUGUGUUUAUAUCUCAAGUUGCUUAUGGACAGUUUUUCUUCCAUAUAUAUACAUUACAUAUAUAUAUACAUUACACGAAUGUAGAAUUCACUUGGAUAAAUGUAUUUUAUUGAUGCAUUCUUAGCUAGACAACAAUUAUUCGUAGCUAAGCCAAAUACAAAUUCAAAUACGAAUACAUUUAAUGCUCAAACGGUGAGGCAGCUUGCAAAGUGUGUUUUUGUAGUUUUCGCAUUGCAGUUCAAAUAUAAUUUGUUUGUGCGUUGAAAUACAUAGUAAUCUAAGUGUUUAUUAAUGUCCUUUGUGUGCACAUCAAGUAUGUUACUUAACUACCAUUCAAAUGAGUAUACCCAAUACCGAGAGGCUCUCAAUUCGCAAACUCUAAUUUCCAAGACUGUCUUUGUGUUUAGAUCGUUAAGUCUGUCGAAUCGGUUCUAUCAUCCAAAAUUGGGGCAGGAUCCAACUGCUCCACUAUAUCAGUUCGCUCUUAUAAAUUCCACACCUAAAAUAUGUAUAUCCCUAAGCAUAAGUUGAUAUUUUAUGUCAAAGUAAACUAACAAUAUUCAGAUUAUAUAUUAAAUACGUGA